UCUACUCCUCUUGGUUGCUGCCCCAGAUUCAAAAGAACACAUUCAUCGUCGUCAAGACAACUUCACGGAAUGUUUACAUGCAACUCCAUGCAAAGUGGAAUGUUCAGUGAAUUUUUCAGUCUAAUUUCAGACAUCAAAGAGAACAGCUGCAAAAUAUGAAGCUCCUGAAACUGUUGUGCUGCUUUUGCCCACCGGUUCCUGCUGAGGAGGGCGAAGUAGGUGACAUGGCCAUGUCAAGGGUCCAGGCAGUGGGCAAGAAGAAAAAGGUAGCCAACCCCAGCAAAAAGAAGAUGAGGAAGGAGGCCAAGAGGCUGAAACACCAGAUGAUUGAUAUGAAGAAAAAAGAGGUCAUUAUGGAUAUGGAAAAGCCUAUGGAUAUGGUUGAGGUAGCUAAGGAGGCAGCUGAUGCAAGCUCAAAGGCCCAACAGCAACCAACUACCCCCAACCUGACUACUGGGGCUGAGGAGCCGGUGGAGAAAGUGACCCACGAAACCAUUCUGGAUCACGGUGAGAUGGAUGGGGGUGUAAGCUUCUCAAUCAGCCCACGUGAUCCAUUAGCCACCCUGAACUCUGUGGCCAGUGCUGAUGGUGACAUAGUGGCUUUGCUGGAUCACCUGAAAGCAGCCAAUAUGACACACAUGGCUGUUGAGAGCAGACCUCAACUGCGGCAGCCCGCUGCUCGAAUCAACAUGGACAGACCUGGACUGCGGCAGCCUGCUGCUCGCAUCAACAUGGACAGACCUGGACUGCGGCAGCCCGCUGCUCGAGUCAAUGUGGGCAGAGAGAGCCCCAUGGAGGGAAAGCCUGCCCUCCGCCAGCCCAAACCUUGCCUCAGACUGGACACUGGACCUGAGAGGAUCAUCCCGAAAGAGACCUUCUUGGACAAUCCUCAGGCCGAUGGGUCCAUGGUAAAUGGUGGCCAGUGCUCUACUCCAGCAGUGGACGCUCCCCAUUCAGCAGUGAUAGAGGCCGUGAUUGAUCAUCCCAGUUUGUCAACUGACACAGCAGAUGAUUCAGGAUCUGGUGAUUCAGUGUGCUUGCUCAGGAAGAUGAGCAAAGAGGACUGUGACCAAAGCCAGUCAGACCUUAACAAAGACAGAGUGCAGCUGGCCGAGGGCGGCAGUGAGCGGUGCCCAUCUCCAGAACUCUGUGAACAUCAGGGCCUGCAGCAGCCAGAGAUGGGAUUGACUGCCGCUGUUACUGGAGAGAUGUCAGCUGGAGGAGGAGAGGAGGAUGAAGCUGAGAACCAGGCUUAAUGGACAUCUGAAUACACACAUACAUGCACACAUGCACACUAUAAACCAUACUACAAACACACCUAGCGAAAAUAUAUACCUAUAACACAUACGACAUACACACACAUAAUGAGAAAGUAUUGUAUCUAAGAGGAGGAGGAUGAAGCACACACACACACACAUACGCACAC